CAUCCCUUAUAUCCUAGCGCGUCAUUAACGAAGCUUUCUACUAUUUAAUAUUUAAUACUAUUAUAACACCAAAUUUUCCAUGCUACUCAUAGUAAAAUGUCCUUAGCCCUUGCCAUUGCAUUAGUUGUCCUUAUAACGGAAUUUAUUCUUUGGUUCGGAUAUUCGCAGAUCGCGAGUUUGGCAUAUGGCGUUUAUUUAAAUGCUUUUGAAAGGGAGAGAGUCCAAAAACAGAGAAAAACUAAGAGAGAUAUAUUGACUAUUAAACAUGAUUUAGCAAGAACAAGUUCUCAGGAUCAAUUUGCUAAAUGGGCCAAAUUGAGACGCAAAUUGGAUAGCAAAAUGAGCGAAUUAGAAAAAAUCACAACGUCAUUAGGUUAUUUAAAAACAUCUUUUGAAAUCAAAUUUACUACAUUUUUAUGGGUGGUUACCAAUGGUAUACAAAUUGUUAUGGUAAUAUGGUAUCGAUCCUCGCCAGUUUUUUAUCUUCCACAAGAUUGGUUUAGUCCAAUAUCUUGGAUUUUCUCUAUGCCAUUUGCACCAUCAGGAUCGGUAAGUGUACCUUUCUGGUUUUUAGUUUGCCGCAAAUUUGUUAAAAAAGUGGUACAAACUAAAAGGGAUGCAGUUCCAUUAUAUCAUAAAUAUGCACCUGAAUCUGUGAAACAACAUGGUCAGCUGUUUAUUCAGUGGUGCAAAACACAAAUUCGAAUAUUUACACCGAUCGUGGUGCAAUGGGUUAAUGCUAAUGUGAAAACAUUUUGUAAUAUUAUUGCUGAAAAAGCUAAAUCAUCAGAAAAGAAAAAGAUGCCGUCUCCUUCAACAAAUGGAACAUCGGGCUCAACAUCAAACGAAGAAGAAAAUAAUGAUGCUAGCAAAAUUGAAGAGAAGAAAGAGAAGAAAGAGAAAAUAUUAGAAAAAGACUGAAUGUAGAGAGUAUUCAGUACAUUUAAUUCAUUAUGAUUGUUAAUUGGGCAGUAUAUAGUUAUUUAUACGGCUGGUUACAAAAAGAUAUAUUAUAUAAUAAUUAACACUUGUUUGGACUUUAAAAGCAUUAAACAUUUUUUUUUUUUCUUAAUCUUGUUUCCUUAUGUCAUAGAUAAUAUGCGUUAAGAAAAGUUCACAUAGAGCUUAAUAAGUUUAAUGUAUAAUAAUUGCAAAGG